UUAAACGCCGGCAGUUUUCAUUCGUGUCUAGCAAACUAAACUCAGACCGUCAAUAAUGUCAACGGCCGCAGCACUCAUAUUGCUCCUGGUGGCCUUAUCGGCGCCGACCACCGUGGAGAGCCAAACCAUAUCACCGGAGUGCCCGGCGAGCUGCACCGGCGUCGACAUCCCUUACCCUUUCGGCAUCGGCGCCGCCGGGUCUGGGUGCUUCCGCGAGGGCUUCGAGAUCAGCUGCACGAACAACGGCACCGACUUGCCGGUCUUCGCCAACAAGUCCACCCCGGUGGUGAAUCUCUACGUCUAUCCACCCUCCUCGCAGGUGAUGCUCCCCAUUGGGUACCAAUGCUACAAACUCUCGCGGUCGCCGUCCAACAACAGAACAGAAGUCAAAUCCAACGGGACGAGCAACGCCAAGACGAACAACAUAAGCAUCGACGGAGUCCACCGCAUCUCCAACACACGCAACAUGCUCGUUGUCUUGGGCUGCGCCACCGUCGCCCUCGUAAAGAACAACUACAAGAACGGAACGCUGGGCACGGCUUCCGGGUGCUUGUCCUUCUGCCGCCACGCCGAUGCCGCGCAGGACGGCGAUUGCACCGGCAUCGGAUGCUGCAAAGUAGACACCAUGCCGGAGUUCGACGGCACAACGGCGUUCGAGUUCCUGAUGCGCGUGUCAGGAAGAAGCAGGAUGCUGACGUACAGCCCAUGUGACUACGCCUUCCUCGUCGCCAAGAACAACUACACCUUCCAGAAGUCCGACCUCAUGUCCAUGGAGACGAGCCGGACCAUGCCGGUGAACCUUGAUUGGGCCAUCCGGGAUUCCUCCUCCUGCGCCGACGCCACCGAUCCCAAGUAUGCCUGCAAGAGCAAUAACAGCAGGUGCGUCAACUCCACAAACGGGCCUGCUGGCUACACUUGCCGUUGCAAAGACGGUUACGAAGGCAACGCCUACCUUCCCGGCGGAUGCAAUGAUAUUAAAGAAUGUCGGAAUAAGACCAAGCAUUGCGCUGGCAAUGAUUGUGUGGAAAUGGACGGGUCUUUCAAAUGUGGCUGUCCUACGGGUUACUGGAGCAACGACCCCAACACAGUACCCUGUACCCCGGACGCAGAGCUCCAACUUGCUGCGAAGCUUGCCAUAGGCAUUACUUUGGGCAUCUCCUUCUUACUCAUUGCUGUACUUUCCACGCUACUGAAGCUCCAAAGGAGAAGAACAAAGGGAUUUUUUAAAAAGAAUGGGGGUUUGACACUCCGAAAUGUGGGAACAUUAAAUAUUUUCACAAAGGAGGAAAUAAAGAAAAUCACCAAGAACAAUUCAGAGGUUCUUGGAAGAGGAUGCUUUGGUAAAGUGUACAAAGGGAUUCUUCCAAAUGGUACAGCAGUAGCAGUUAAGACUUCCAUUGAGAUAAACAAAGCUCGAAAGGAGGAAUUUACCAAGGAAGUGGAGAUCCAGUCACAAAUGAUACACAAGAACAUUAUCAAACUCAUGGGCUGCUGCUUGGAGGUGGAUGUUCCAAUGUUGGUGUAUGAGUUUGCUGCUAAUGGGAGUCUCCAGGACAUUCUCCAUGGUAAAACUAGUGUUCUCCCUAAUUUCCCACUAGACCUACGUCUGGAUAUUGCAAUUGAUGCUGCAGAAGGAUUGGCUUACAUGCACUCAUCAACAACUCAUACCAUCCGGCAUGGCGAUGUCAAGCCCGCCAACAUACUUUUAGAUGACAAGAACAUGCCGAAAAUCUCAGAUUUUGGGACAUCCAAGUUUCUUACAAAAGACAAAGAUCACACCGUGCUUGUUGUAGGGAGCAUGGAAUAUAUAGACCCGAUGUUCAGUGAAACAGGACAGUUAACACAGAAGAGUGAUGUUUACAACUUUGGAGUUGUCCUCUUGGAACUCAUCACCAGAAAGCCAAUUGUAUAUGAUGGGAGCCGUAGGCUCGUCGUUGAAUUCCGUGACAUUUAUCGGAAAGAAAAUAGUGGAGGUUCAAUGUUUGACAAAGAUAUUGCAACUGAAGAAGAUACUUACAUCUUAGAAGAGAUUGCCAAACUGGCUGUAAUGUGUUUACGAAAAGAUGUAGAAGAACGUCCAGAGAUGAAGGAAGUAGCAGAACGACUUGCCAUGCUUAGAAGAGCUAGGAAAAGUGGCAAUAUAAACCACAAAAGCCCUCAGUACUUUGAGGAAAUUGGUGCUGAUGGUGCUCCCAUGAGCUUUACUUCUGAGAUUAACAAUUGAACCAAGGAUGACACAUUCAUCGAAUGCACUUAGCAAACUGAACAACAUACCAUGUAUUCUCUACCUUGUAUCUUUCGCAUUACUCAAUCCUGACCAUUGUGCUGUGCCAUAUAUUUUCUUCUCUACUGAACAGUUAGCAAAUUUAUCUAAUCACUUAAUUCGUGUAUAUCAUCUUGUUCUUGAAAGUAUUGAUGUGUAUGACUGUUCUAAAUAACGACAUUGGGAUUGUCAUCUUCUUUA